AUGGCAUCCGCUACCGAGCAAGAGUCGAUCGAAUCGGCUGUUGCUCAGCCGACAAAGAUCGAUCCUGCUGCUGAAUCUCUCACCGGAGGCCCGGAGAACAUCGAUGAGACGGGCGACAAGCCAAUGGCUGAUCGCCAAGGGGAAGCCGACCAGCCCGUUUCCUCUGUCGAGAACAUGGAUCUAGAUCAGCCUUCGACCUCCACCUCCAUUGCUGCGCCAGGCAACCCUGAGGGCACUGAUGAUGCCGGGAAACUCGGCGAUCCCGACACCCACAUGGACAGCAAGGGUGUCGAUGCCAAUGUCGAUGGCGGGCACGAUCUGGCCUUGGACGACAACAUGUCCGAGUACAGCAACCCAGAUGUGGAUGCAAAGCACCGAUCGAGAGACGCCCAAGCUUCUGGCGAUCACCCCCAGCACCAGCACCAGAACCAGCACCAGCAGUCGUCUGCCGAUGGCACCCGCCCCAAAGGCCGACCACCGGGUGCAGGCGCGGCCCGAUCGAGAGCCGUAGUGGUUGAUCGGGAAAAGACGGCGCCGUUCCUGAUCCGGGUCUUUUUCGGCUUGAGACAUCGCCGGCCGGACGACUAUGACAGGCUCGAUCUACUCAAGGAGGCGGAGAUGCACAUCUGGACCUGGAAGGACGCCACCCUGCGCGAACUGACGUCGCUCAUAUCCGAGAAGCACCCCGACUGCCUGGCCUCGAACCACCGGAUCUCCUUCAAGGUCGUCUAUCCCAACCUGGUGCGCGACGGCCGAUACACCUUCAAGGACGCCGGCGUGGUUCUGAACUCGAGUCGGCCGGGCUUCCACCGCGACGACCACGGCAAGACCCUGGACGACCUCCGCUUCGUCGUUGGCGACUUUAUCGAUGUGGCAUGUGCGCCCGCCCCCACCACGGCCCCGUUUGGAGCGGCUGGGGCGGCCGGAGCGCUUGGCUCGUUCCGGAUUACGGGCCGAGCCGCAGCAGCAGCAGCAGGCGACGACAGUCUCAACGGCGGGAUCGCAGGCAGCAACCGAGGCUUCCGUGACCGUCGCUAUGUGCCCUAUUCGCUUGCCAAGGGACCCCGCGAGACCGACAACGAAAAGGCACGAUCGCUUCGAUCGGCCCUCGAUCUGGUCCCGCACAACGAGCCUCGGCUGAGCCGGGCUGGCGGGAGACCCGAGCGGCCGUGGGAUCGAGAGCGACAGCGCGGCGACUGGCCCAGCCGCGACGGCAACCGUAUCGGCGACCAAGAUCGUAACGGCGACCGUGAUCGAGACCGUGAUCGUGAAGGCAACCGCGAACGAAACCAGGGCCGAGACAGAGAUCGAGAACGGAACCGCGAACGGGAUCUGGAUCGAGAAGACCGGGGAGGUCUUGGACGACGGCCCGAUCGCAGCGACGGCCGCCGUGCGAGCGACUCGGCACCCUCCGCCCAUGACGACCGCGACCGCCGAUCCUGGAAGCGAGACGGUCCCCAGGACCGCGACGGCCGGCGGGACGACGAUCGGCCCCAUCGAGACCGUCGCCUGUAG